AUGACCCGCGACCACCGCAACAUCCAAGCCAUGCUAGCCACGCAGUUCAACGAUUUCGGCCUCGCCCACGAGCGCCGCGCGCACCAGGCCAUUCUCGGCACCCGGGGCAUCUUCACCAAAGACGGCCCCGAGUGGAAAGAGUCCCGCGCGCUUCUCCGGCCCUCUUUCGACCGGGCGAGCGUUGCGGACCUCAGCGCCCUCGAAACCUUCGUCACCCGGACGAUUGCGAAGAUCAAUGCCUCACCCGGCAGCGACGGCUACCAUGAAGUUGAUCUCCAGGCCUUGCUUCUCGAACUGACAAUGGACGCUUCUACCGACUUCCUUUUCGGCUCCCCCAUUGGCGCACAGGAAGGCAGGGUCUCCGCCGAAGGCCAGAUGUCGUUCUCAGAAUCUUUCGACGUAUCUCAAGAUGUGGUCUCGAUCCGCUUCACACUGAACGACCUGUACUGGCUCGUGAACCCCAAACGCUUCCGCAUCGCCAUCACCGUCGUCCACAAGCUCGUCGGACACUACGUCACCCGCGCCCUCCAAAAGCACAAUUCCAACAGCAGCGCAGACAAGCCAUACACCAAAGACACCUCCACCUCCGGAAAAUACAUCUUCCUCGAAGCCCUCUCCCAAAAGACGCAAAACCCACAAGUCCUCCAAGACCAGAUCCUCAGCGUCAUGAUGGCCGGCCGAGACACCACCGCCUCAACUCCACAUGGGCCUUUCACAUCCUCUCCCGCCACCCGGAAGUACUCCAGAAGCUGCGUAAAGAGAUACUAG